CUACGAGGUUCUUUGCCCCUUGUCGGGCUGCUUGUUUGGCUGCUGCCGUCACCUCAUGGCGACGCGGGUAGAGGAGGCAGCGCGGGGAAGAGGCGGCGGCGCCGAGGAGGCGAUUGAGGCCGGACGGGGCGGACGGCGACGCAGCCCGCGGCAGAAGUUUGAAAUUGGCACAAUGGAAGAAGCUGGAAUUUGUGGGCUAGGGGUGAAAGCGGAUAGGUUGUGUAACUCUCAGUCAAAUGAUAUUCUUCAACGUCAAGACUCAAAUUGUGGUGGCACAAGUAACAAGCAUUCUUUGGAAGAGGAUGAAGGCAGUGACUUUAUAACAAAGAACAGGAAUUUGGUGAGCCCAGCAUACUGCACACAAGCGUCAAGAGAGGCAGUUCCUGGGCGAGAAGCUCGAACAGACCCCCCUGAUGGUCAGCAAGAUUCGGAGUACAGCAGGAACAAAGAGAAAACCUUAGGAAAAGAAGUUUUAUUACUGAUGCAAGCCCUAAACACCCUUUCAACCCCAGAGGAGAAGCUGGCAGCUCUCUGUAAGAAAUAUGCUGAUCUCCUGGAGGAGAGCAGGAAUGUUCAGAAGCAAAUGAAGAUUCUGCAGAAGAAGCAAGCGCAGAUUGUGAAAGAGAAAGUUCACUUGCAGAGUGAACACAGCAAGGCUAUCUUGGCAAGAAGCAAACUAGAGUCUCUUUGCAGGGAACUUCAGCGUCACAAUAAGACAUUAAAGGAGGAAAAUAUGCAGCAGGCACGAGAGGAAGAAGAACGACGUAAAGAAGCAACUACACAUUUCCAGAUUACUUUAAACGAAAUCCAGGCCCAGCUGGAGCAGCAUGACAUCCACAAUGCCAAGCUCCGGCAGGAGAACAUCGAACUGGGAGAGAAGCUGAAGAAGCUCAUUGAACAGUACGCACUGAGGGAAGAGCAUAUUGAUAAAGUGUUCAAACAUAAGGAACUGCAACAACAGCUUGUGGACGCCAAACUUCAGCAGACGACACAGCUGAUAAAAGAAGCUGAUGAAAAACAUCAGAGAGAAAGAGAGUUUUUAUUAAAAGAAGCAACAGAAUCCAGGCACAAAUACGAACAAAUGAAACAGCAAGAAGUACAACUAAAACAGCAGCUUUCUCUUUAUAUGGAUAAGUUUGAAGAAUUCCAGACUACCAUGGCAAAAAGCAAUGAACUGUUUACAACUUUCAGGCAGGAAAUGGAAAAGAUGACAAAGAAAAUUAAAAAACUGGAAAAAGAAACAAUAAUAUGGCGUACCAAAUGGGAAAACAAUAAUAAAGCACUUCUGCAGAUGGCUGAAGAGAAAACAGUCCGUGAUAAAGAGUACAAGGCCUUUCAAAUAAAACUGGAACGGUUAGAGAAGCUGUGCAGGGCUCUUCAAACAGAACGGAAUGAGCUCAACGAGAAGGUGGAAGUCCUGAAAGAGCAGGUCUCUGUCAAAGCAGUGGAUGGGGAUUUAGCGACGCCUGGGGUGCGGCCCUGCGCUGCCCUGGAUCCUCACAAGGAGCGGAAUGCUUCGUGGAAAAGAGCCCCCAGAGUGCACCUGGAGGCCGAGCCCAAGUCAGCGAGCGCGAAGCCAAAGCCCCCAUGCACAGGCUCUGCUCCAGGCAUAGAGUCGGUUGACUAAGAUGAGGUGUGAUCGCUGUGUCGAGAGAUAUAUUUUGUGUAUAACUUUUCUCUGUUAGUAGUAACCAUUGGUUUUGUGGUGAAAAUUUUCUUACUUUUUCUACCAUAUCUGUAUUUUCUUAGAACUACUGGACUUAUGUGGUACAGGAGGCUGCUUAGCAGUUCUGAAUAGUUUUAAUCUAUGAAUUCUCCUCAGCUGUGUUGCACAUCUGCCUCAUUGCCCCUUCAUUGGAAUGCAUGUGUUCAUUGCCUCGUCCUUUCUCUUCCCUACUCCUUCCUUGCACAUAAUUAUCCUAAUUAAAAUUUCGCUCAAGACAGGGCCGACCAUUACAAAGGAACGUUGUUCUGACAAUGGUUCCUUGAUGUGAAAACAACAGUAAUUUAAACGUCUUGGCACCCGUUAAUAUUCAAAGAAAGAAAAUAUCAAGAUGAUUAGUUUUGUCUAAUAGCCCAUUUAAAUGCUGAGUAAAAAUAAAACUAGUAUUGGGCCAGAAACAAGCAUAGCAUAUAUGAUUCAAAUUAGAUUUGGUAAUAUUUAUACCACUCAACAAAUUGAGAUGGCCACAAGCCUAGAAUCCCUUUAAGUUUUGCCAAAACAUGUAUAUAAAGAUGUCACUUGUGAACAAAGUAGUAUAUACAGCAAAUCAUUGGACAAACAGGCUUAAUGUUUAUGUGACUAAAAGUAGUCAUUCUGCUUUGGUUUCAGGUUAGAACCCACAUGUGGAAUCUCAACCACUGGGAGCUCACUGUAGGGGAUGGUGGUUUAUGUUUCCUUUCCAUUUUGGAUUUGGGUACAUGUUUUCCACUUCCCACAGAAAGCUGAUUAUUCUUUGAAAACUGCUGUUGACCUUUGCAGUCACUUUUAAGUCCAUUGUCAGUUUAAGACAAUGAGGGUAAAGUUGUAUGUCGCUUUUCACUAGGCAAAAACUCUUCAGUAGCUUCUGGCUACUUGAAAGGUGUUAAGAGUCCCACCAGCAAAGUACUCCAGGGUUUUUAAAAGGGAGUUUUUAAUUGUGGAUCAGUGCCUACCUGAAACUGACUUAAUUUCUGAAACAAACACUGGAACCAACAACAUUUUUACUUUGGGAAAACUUAGAGUGCUAGGUAGUCAGGAUCUGUACUUAUGCUUUCAGUCUGUUUCUCACCCCUUUCUUGGUUACCUUUUUUUUUUUUUUAAAGGAAAAAAAUUUCAUCAAGGUCCAUACACUUGGAAUAGGGGAAAAAUCUUUAAUUCUUUCCUUUGCUUUUUUCAAUGUUUAAUGUGGCUCAGUUAUGCAAAUGAUUAAUCAGGCUGCACUGAUGAAGUUUUGACUUUGUCCCUGGUUUAAUUUGCAUUGAAAUGCUUUAUGAAAUAAAAAGGUUCUACGAGAACUGCUGUUAGCACAUUCCACUGAGCAGAACUAUCAAACUGACACUUGUUAAAUUGCUUACUGGACCAAAUAAACUCUGGUUUGUCCAGUUAAAAGGGUUUUCUCUUUGUUAAAAGUUUUAUUUGUAAAGUCCUGUCACAUUCAUGGUUUUAAACUGGGUUGAAAGAAUUGAAAAUUGUCCAAUAGAUAGGAAACAGCGCCUGGAGUGGAGGAUUAUAUCUAAGCUUCUACCAACAGUCAUGUUAAUCGAGGGGCCAGACAGCAGAGGUAAAGAAAUCCACAAAGUAGGUUAUCUAAUUACUCUGUCAAAAUGAGUCGGAAGCAAAAAUAACAGUACCCUCUAACAGCCUCUUAUAAAUACCCCCUUCAGCUACUAAAUGAAAUAUUGGACUCAUUUCCCCAGGGGGAAGUGAAGGUAUAUAUCAGAAACAUAAUCUACCUUAAAAUUAGUACUAAUGAUCACAUUUCACAAGAACUCUGCUGGAUGUACAGCUCUUAAUGUUUUAUUAAGCCAUUUGUGUAGCCCACCACGUUUCUUUGUGGUGCUUGUCCUUUGUGGAAGAUUGUAAAUCUUAGACCUGUUGCAUAUUUUCAAGGGCUUUAUAAAGCAAUGUGAUUAACAGUACUUGGCCUGCUGCUUUUGGCUAUGUGUUUUUAGCUAGAUGCUAUCGUAAUGUUUAAAGGAUAUGGAUUCUGUCUGGGAUGCGUUUGGUGUCCUUUCAGAAUCUUUCCUCCCAUUACCCUGUGAAUAAAAACAAACGGGACCCUCAGAGGAGGACACCCUAAAGCUAUCACCUCACCAGCCCAGUGUUGUGGCUUUGUAGCACACCCUGUAUCUACCACAUUCUAGAACACUGUAAUGCUUCUAGGCUGGCCCAGAAAAGGUUUAAAUGUCAAAUUCACUUAAACUGCAUUUGUUUGCACCAUCAUGGAAUCUUGAUGUGUAUUAUUUAUGGUGACAGUAGAUUACAAGGUGUAGAGAAAACUUGGGUUUUGGAUAAUGGACCAUUUCAUCCUCAGACUUGUAGGAGUACACUUCUUGGUCUCGAGACCAAUAUUUUUCAGUUAUGUAUGCAACUGCCUUUAUUACACCUGGUUAUCACAAUUCAACUCUCAGGUGUUGCAGAAAAAUCUACCUCUUUCAGACUGUAGAUGGAAAUAACUGUGAAAAAAUGAUGCAGAUAUCUUCUAGUUUGUGCUAAACACACUGCUUUAUUUUUACAGCCCACGUCUUUCAUGAGGAUAUGAAUUGUUAAGAGGCAGUCUUGUUUUGCUUUUCAAAGACAUUUUGUAGAGAUUUUUCACUAAUGUGAAUCUGAUUUUAUCUACUUGAUUCUGUAUAGAUUAAGUAAAUAUGUAUGAUAAAUUUAA